UAAUAGGCGGGAAAAAUGGUGAAGUAUACUUCAAUGACGUCACAUAUUGCAGUGCUCACAGGGUAUAUUGGAACACGCCGCGGGUUACCUCCGAAUACUGGCGUACAGAUUCCAAUAUGGAUAGAGUUCAGUGGACCGAUGAAUUUAGGUGGCGCAUCUAUGUCAGUAUUACUUCAUGACUUGUUUGUGCAGCCACAAAAAAAUAUGGCGACGUGGGAAAGUGGAAAAUUUAACGCUGAUGGAAACGAUGUCGGAAUUGACGGAAAUUUUGAUAAUAUCCUCGUGACACACGAUUUACAGGACUGUCUGGAUGACAGUCUCGACCUUUCCAGUUUUGGAAUAGUAUACGAGCAAACGCAAACUGUCAGUAAUGGAAAGUUCGACGAGGAAGACUCGCUCUACACCGAAAGGCUUACCGAUGACAGUACGGGGUAAGACUGGAUUUUCAUUGUA